AUGAGGUCAUACAACUUGACAUUAGAUGCUAUGAACUUUAACAACAACUUCACAACAACCAUUAACCCUGAAAUGCAAAGUUCUAUUAUGCCAUAUGUGAAAGUAUGGACCCAUACAGGAGCUCAAAACACUCAAUAUACAAAUGGAGACCGUUCAAACUUUUGGCUUGGCAUUCCAUUUGCUGACUCAGAAGACUUUAUGGGUGGUAUUUCAACUGUUGGUACAGUUCAAAUACAAUAUACUGGUGACAGAGACGGUCCAGAUGAAUUGAAAGCAAAGAAGUUUACAAAACCAAUAGCACUUUUCACGGAAGAUGCUCUUUUGAAGAUUCGUUCGAUGAAACCUGCUGGGGCUCCUCAGAUUGGUAUAACGACAGCUUCCAUCGAGCAGAUUUUGGCAGCAGGUCAGUAA